UGUUAAAUGAGAAAAUGAAUUGAGAAAAAAACACAUUUGGCAAGCGAAUAAAUCGUUGUGUAUCUUCAAAAUGUACAGCUUCUUAUUUAACACGAAGGCAUUGCCAUAAUUUACACAGUUGCCAAAAAACCUGAAAUUGUGAAUAGUUAAAAAGAAAAAAAAAGUGAAAUAUCAUAAAACAAAAUAGAAUUUUAAUAAGAAAUGCGUGAUUCUGAGAGAUCUUCUAGCUAUCAACGAUCCAGACGUAGAACAGAGAGAGACAGGGAGCGCGAUAGGGAGCGCGAAAGGGAGCGCAGCAGUCGGGAUAAAGAACGUAGUAGCCAUGACCGGGAUCGUGAAUAUGAUCGGGAUUAUUAUUCUAGGCAUCGCAAAAGUAAAUCUAAGAAGUCGAAGCAUUCAAAAAAAUCCAAACAUCGACGACGUAGUCGUAGCUGUAGCACAUCAACAUCUUCGUCUAAUACCUCUCGCGAAAGCCGAAGCAGUCGCGCUUCUAAGCACUCCAACUCCAUUUCACGUAGUAGCAAGAGAGCUGCCAGUUCGGAAUCAAAUUCACGUAGUACUUUAGCGAAUGUCAACGCUAAUAACACAAGUGCGUCUAUUACCAAAGGGAUUGACUUGAUGGAUUUUAAAGUUCAAAAAGCUUUAGAAGUCAUUGAGGAAGAUGUAUUUGCACCGAAAACUUUUUACAGCACUAGGGAUCGCGAGGCACCGGAGAAACCUAGUGCUUCUGGUGACAAAGUGAUAAUUGAUCUUAACGCUGAAACGGUAACAUUUCCUAAGAUAACAGAUUCUGCAAAUAAUUGUUACACAGAAGAUGAAAUAUUCCAUCCGAAUUUUAUUGGCGACGUCGAACAAAAACAAGAUAAGUGGAUACAUAAAUUGUUUUUAUAUCGUCAAAAGUAUAUGACUGAGUAAGGAUUUAAUGUGUUUUAAAGCUAAAAUAUAUCUGAACCGGUUUUACGCGCUCUCAACAAAGCUUCUUCUGGUGUUAACAAUUCAUUUUCUGAAG